CACGAGAGGUUUAGGGACUUCUCUAGUGUUCCGUUAGAAAUGCCUCUCGCAUUAAAUUUUUUUUUUUUAUUGCGAGACUUUGCGGUAUUUACGAAGGCACGAAACGGAUUCACGGGGUUCAGGGUGAACUGGCCCACAUGUAGGCGUCUGGAGAGGGCGCUCGGCGCUCUUGCGACUGUUACGUCACAGGGACGCAGGAGAGAGCGGUGACCGGCACAAAACCCACGCCUCGCAGUAUGUAACCGAGGAGGCAGCUAAGAGGAGUCUGUUGUAGUGCCACGCACAUUCAGCGCUGAACGAAGCGUCUUUCGUUUAGGACAGUCGCGCCUAAAAGUGCGGAAGCGAUGGUUCGUUCGUGGAGCCUGGCUGCCCUGCUCGUGGUGCUGUUGGUCGCGUGCGCGGUCGUGAGGGCGGCGCCCCCGCCCAAGGGGGGCUCGUCCAGGUCUUCGGGGGGCUCGUCCAAGUCAUCGGGAAGCACGCCCAAGCCUUCCCUGCCGCAGCAGGAGUCGACCGGCCUCUUCGACGCCCUCAAGAGCGCCAGCGGACAAGUCCAGCACGCAUCGGACAAGUUUCCUGUGAGCUACAAUAUGGCUGCCACGCGGUUCCAGAGCUGGGCCCAGGAAAACAAAGACAGCAUCUCCAAAUCGGCCGUCGACGCCUUCAACUUCGCGCGCAGCAUCUUCAAGCCCCUCGAGGCCGAGAUAGCGAAGAAGACCGGCCCUAAGGCUUGAAGGCCGGCAGACCACGCUUUCCCCAGUCACCAUCACUCACCUUUCGGACGCGAAUAUUCAGGAAGAGGCAGGGAAACCGAUGUAGGCCUAGCGGCCCCGCGGGAAAAUAUCGCUCAAAAGCGCGGGAGUUGAGUCGUAUACUCGCAUGCCCUGUAGUGCACGCUGCAAUAAAACGACCAUUACUACGCGAGUGCGAGCAGCGUGUCUGUGUAAGCAACUUGCCGCGUCUUGCUUUCGCUUGAACGAGACUGCAGAGACAUGAAACGCCCGUGGUGACUGUUGGGCGAGGAUUGAAAACGUCUUGCUCUAGCACUGCUAUCGAUACUACUUCAUGUAAAGCUUGGCUCACGUGAAGGUAGAUACAGUACCCGUGGCACGGAACCAUUCGUUCGCAAUUUACCGUCUAUAAUUCGGUGUUGGCUUCGGAAGACAUUUAGACAAGUUCAGAGGGUUAUUUGUGUACGCAAAGGG